AUGGGGAGCUAUGACAUAACAGGGCCCGCAGCAGAUGUUAACAUGAUGGGAUAUGCAAAUACUGAGCAGAUUGCAUCAGGGAUUCACUUCAGGCUCAAGUCACGCGCGUUUAUUGUUGCUGAGCCUAAUGGAAAGCGUGUUGUCUUUGUGAAUCUGGAUGCUUGCAUGGCAUCACAGCUUGUGAAUAUAAAGGUGCUCGAAAGGCUAAAAGCAAGGUAUGGUGAUCUUUAUAAUGAGAAUAACGUGGCUAUCAGUGGGAUCCAUACCCAUGCUGGGCCUGGAGGUUAUCUGCAGUAUGUAGUCUAUAUUGUCACUUCUCUUGGGUUUGUUCGUCAGUCAUUUGAUGUAAUUGUCGAUGGGAUUGAGAAAAGCAUUGUUGAAGCUCAUAACAACCUCCAUCCUGGGAAGAUCUAUGUGAAUAAAGGUGACCUUCUUGAUGCUGGUGUGAAUCGCAGCCCGAGCGCGUACCUGAAUAACCCUGCUGAAGAGAGAAGCAAAUACAAAUACAAUGUUGAUAAAGAAAUGACCCUUGUUAAGUUUGUAGAUGAUGAAUCGGGUCCAGUUGGAAGUUUUAAUUGGUUUGCGACUCACGGAACAUCAAUGAGUCGCACAAAUUCUUUGAUAAGUGGUGAUAACAAAGGAGCAGCUGCACGUUUCAUGGAAGACUGGGCUGAAAAGAAUGGCCUUCCAAAGCAGACAGGUGUUGCAAGUUCUGAUGAUCUUGGAUUUUUGCACAUGACAUCUGUACUUCCGAGAAGAGUCUCUACAAUAAUACCGGAACCGGAUGAGAUAACUGACGACUUAAUGCAAUUGGCGUCAUCCUACGAGGCAUCGGGUGGAAGACGGUUGGAAGGUUCAAAUAUCACUAGACGCAUUAGAAGCUCUCAAGAAAACAAUGCAAAAUUUGUUUCCGCGUUUUGCCAGUCAAACUGUGGAGAUGUUAGUCCAAAUGUCCUGGGGACGUUUUGCAUAGACACCCAUCUUCCUUGUGACUUCAAUCACAGCACAUGUAAUGGGAAGAACGAACUUUGCUAUGGACGAGGCCCAGGAUAUCCUAAUGAGUUUGAAAGUACCCGCAUAAUUGGGAAUAGGCAAUUUCUGAAGGCUGUAGAUCUCUUUAAUUCAGCUUCUGAAGAAAUACAAGGAAAAAUUGACUAUCGACACACCUACUUAGAUUUCUCGCAACUCAAAGUUAGUGUUUCUACAAGUACGGGCGGCCCGCAGGUGGUGAAAACAUGCCCAGCAGCCAUGGGGUUUGCAUUUGCUGCUGGAACCACAGAUGGCCCUGGAGCUUUUGAUUUCAAACAAGGAGAUGACAAGCCUGCGAUACUUCCCAUCCAGAUCGUAAGAAUUGGUCAGCUGGUUAUCUUGUGUGUUCCUGGAGAAUUCACGACAAUGGCUGGCAGGCGGCUACGCGAUGCUGUAAAAAAUGUACUGAUAAGUGGCAGCAAUGGUGAAUUUGGUACAAAUAUUCAUGUUGUUCUUGCGGGGCUGACAAACACAUAUUCUCAGUAUGUCACAACAUUUGAAGAAUACCAGAUCCAAAGAUACGAGGGCGCGUCAACAUUGUACGGUCCCCACACCUUGAGUGCAUACAUUCAAGAGUUUCAGAAACUUGCCACAGCUAUGGUUGAAAACAAAGAGGUCCCCACAAACAUCCAACCUCCUGACAUGUUGGAGAAGCAAAUUGGACUGCUGCCAGGUGUCAUGUAUGACUCUACUCCUCCUGGUGUUCACUUUGGGGAUGUUAGCUCCGACGUUGCAGCAAACUCAAACUUCAGGAAAGGCAGUACUGUGAAUGCUACAUUCUAUUCGGCCUGUCCAAGGAACGACCUUCUAACCGAGGGCACGUUCGCACUUGUUGAGAAGCUAAAUGGUAACGACUGGAUUCCUGUCUAUGAUGAUGAUGAUUGGUCAUUGCAAUUCAAGUGGUCUAGGCCUUCAAAAUUCAGUCCAAGAAGUUUCGCGACGCUGGAGUGGACCAUUCCUGAGGAUGCUGCCUCUGGUGUUUAUAGGUUGAGGCAUUCUGGUGCCUCUAAGCCAUUGAUAGGGUCAAUCAAGCAUUUUACGGUGACCAUCAACGCCAACAGUCUCAUACAACACAAGUACGGUGAGAAUUUUUUUCUUCUGACAGUGACGCCUCCAAAAAGCAAAUCGCAACAAGCAUCGUUAUUGCCGGAUCCAACCAUCAAAGAGUUGAUCUUGGGGUUUCACCUUGAAAAACGACUUCGAGCAAACUUCGAGCAAUGCCUUUAUCAGGACUUCUUCGACGGACGCGCGGCCGUCGGUGACCUCUUGUCGGUCUGUGCUAGUGGUCGUGGUGGGGCAAAGCAGGGUGCUUCAGGUGGGAAGGCCGGUAGGAGGGAAGGGGGCUUCAACGAGGUCAAGUCGCCCAUCGCUGGCACAGGGGUGCCGGUCGUGGCCGUGUGUUGCUCCUCCCUUCCCGCUUCGCCAACUUGGACGGUUUGGAUGAAGGGCGGCGGCCCUGGAAGUGGGUGGCGUGUUGAUCUUGGGUAG